AUGUUUUUUGAGACGAUUGUCAUUCUGACAAGGUGCGUGCCUGUGACGCUUGCUAUCAAGCAAACCCUAAGGGAAACUUUGGAUGCCAAAGAUGAGGCUGUAAUGUCGGCUGUCUUGGCGGGAUGUGUGAACGUAAUGGUGCUAGAGCCACAGGUACUGUUUGCGUUUUGGAGGGAGCGGAGGCCAGGGCUGAGAGGCCAAGCCCUCGAAGGUGCUGCGGGGGCUGGAGACCACAACAUUCACCCAGAGAGUGGUGCGGAAGCGAGAUUCCAAAGCGUGGCGUCCAACGAUCUCAAAUUACUGUUGUCAUAA